UUUUUGACUUCACGAACGAUGGUGUGAUUCACUUCGUUGAAAAUCCUCAAGCAGAACAAGGGGAUGGGCGUGGUGGAGCCAUCCGGCGAAAGGUUUUGGUGCACUUGCCUACAGGCCAGAUGGUAUCAUCUUACCGCACUCUUGAGGAUAUCUUGAAAGGUUUGGGAUGGGAGAUAUAUUAUGGUGGCAAUCCCCACCUCUAUCAAUUCCACAAGCAAUCUUCUAUUGACUUAAUCUCUCUUCCUAAGGACUUUUCCAAGUUCAAUUCCGUUUGCAUGUACGAUAUUGUCAUUAAAAAUCCUCAUGUUUUCCACGUCAGAGAUGUGUAA